GUGGAACGAUAGAGGCUUCAUUUAUCUCUAAGGCACAAAUUUUUAUGGUUUCGAACGUGAUGCUGCGAGCGUGGCGCUCUUGUUUUGAAGCGAUGCCGCUUAUUCCGUCGCAAAUUGCCAACAUGACAAUUUCGUGCCAUUAUGGACAAUUAUCGCGCGCCAAGCAGGACAGGAUUCGACGCGCAAAAAUGCCAAUUACGAUCAUCGGACAGAUAAUGGUUUUGCGGGCGGAACAGGAAAGGUGCAGUAGAAUUACAUUGCGAAAAACUAUUUCGCAAGUAAGGAAUUUAUUUGCGUGGCGUCGACGCAAACAAUCGUGUCGAUUAAAUCAAGACACGUGUAUGUAGACGUACGUAUCUUCGGCAUACUGCAUGUCAACUGAUAAGAAUUGAAUUCUUGCCGGCGCGAAUGAUUAGUGUCGCGGGUCUCUCUGGCGACGAGCAUUACAUAUUCCAUCGUAAGCCAUCGUACGCGCCACGACACACGGUGGUCACUGCGGCUUGACUCUGUUUGUGUAGCAGUCGUUUCCUGAACGUCGAUAUUGCCUCGGCAAAGACAUCGAGGAAGGUGAUCACAGAGGUUUCACAGAGGAAAAGAUUUUGGACGAGAGAACACCACUUUUGUCAGCGAGUGGGCAACAAGACAGCAUGGACAAAGUUGGCAUCUCACAGCAGACCUUGGUCUCCAAUGGCUCAAUUGUGAAAGCCAAGAGGUUACCACAGUAUCUGGCAUGUAUAGCAGCGACUCUCGGUGCUGUUGCUGCCGGUAUGGUGCUUGGUUGGACAUCACCAGCUGGUAAGGAUGGCGUAAAUCUAAUAGCAGACUAUGGAAUACACACCACUGCAGAGGAGUUCUCCUGGGUGGGCUCGCUCUCCACUCUCGGAGCGGGCGCGAUAUGCAUACCCAUCGGUAUACUAGCAGACAAGAUUGGCAGAAAAUACGCCAUGUUGCUCAUGGUGGUUCCGUUCAGUGUUGGUUGGUUACUUAUUAUUUUUUCCAACUCGGUUCUCAUGUUCUUCUUCGGUAGAUUCAUUACUGGCCUCAGCGCAGGAGCCUUUUGCGUGGCUGCGCCUCUCUACACAUCGGAGAUAGCCGAGAGCGAAAUUCGUGGUACACUCGGCUCAUACUUCCAGUUGAUGCUGACCGUGGGUAUCCUGCUCUCGUAUUUUCUCGGAUGGGCCAUACACAACAUGAAGAUCUUGUCGAUCAUCUCGGGAAUUGUGCCAUUGAUCUUUUUUGGAGUAUUCUUCUUUAUGCCGGAGACGCCGAUCUACCAUUUGAAGAAGGGCGACGAGGAGGCUGCUAGGAAGAGCUGGAUUAGACUUCGCGGCAAUCAUUAUGAUGUAGAGACCGAGUUGCAGAUGGAACGCGAAGCGCUCGAUAACGCCAGUCGUAACAAUGUGUCUUUCAUGGACGCAAUUAAAACCCGCGCUGCUAAGAAAGGCCUGGUGAUCGCUUUCGGACUCAUGCUCUUCCAACAAAUGAGUGGUGUGAACGCUAUCAUAUUUUACUCCUCGGAUAUCUUCACGCAAGCUGGAAACGCCAUCCCGCCCGACGUGGCCACCAUCAUUGUGGGAGUGGUGCAAGUGAUAUCGGUCUUCUUUGGUUCCCUUUUCGUCGACAAGCUCGGCAGGAGGUUGUUGCUACUGGCAUCGAUCUCUAUCAUGUUCCUGACGACUCUGAUCCUCGGAGUUUAUUUCUACUGCAUCGAGAACAAUAACGCCUUCGAUGACAUCACCUGGUUCGCACUCAUUCCGCUGUGCCUCUUUCUCGUUGUGUUUUCCUUAGGCUUUGGACCAAUCCCGUGGAUGAUGAUGCCAGAGAUCUUCGCGCCGGAAGUAAAGGGCAUCGCCGGCAGUAGCGCCUGCCUCUUCAACUGGCUUGUAGCCUUUGUUGUCACCAAGUUUUACACCAACAUGACUGCGGCUGUGCAUGGUUACGGUACUUUCUGGAUAUUCUCUGGAUUCUGCGUGGUCGGCACCAUCUUCGUUUAUUUGUUGGUUCCAGAAACUAAGAAUAAAACGCUCGACCAGAUACAAAGGGAACUGAAUCAGGAUUGAAAGUACUUUUUUUUCGUGAAGAAAAACAUAAAUCUGUAUAUAUUUUAAUACACAUUUUAAUAGAUAUUACCGUUUUAAAUCGAAGCACGAAUUGCAAUCUGAUAAUUUUGCACUGAUUCAGUAUAACAGUGUAAGAAUGUAUUUAUCCCAUUAAUGUAAUACUGUUAAAUAUUUUCGUAUCAUUUUAUUAUGCCAUAGUACUAUUUUAACUCUCACCCAGAUCGUUCAUGGCUUAAGGACAAAAAACUAUGUUUUUUUUAUCAUUAAGUAUUAGUAUCGCAUUUUGAAGAAAGAGCUUCAGUAAUAUAAGAGUUGAUUGUAAUACAGUCUUUUGAAAAAAAUGGAAGUUUUGCAAGUAUUAUCAGUUGUUUAGCCGUUCGAGAGUUAAAAAUAGUACCGGUAUCUUAAUGAUACUGUCGAUUGUUAAUGUAUAUACUGAGACUGAUCUUUUGUAAACUUGUAUAAAGUCUAUAUUAAAUUGAUUAUUAUUUAAGUUAACCUA